AAUGAAAAAGUAAAAAAUCAUAGAAAAUCUUAUUAUUGAAAUUAAUAAGUGAAAAUAAGUAAAAUCGCGACAGUUUACCGAAAAAUUGUAAUCGAUUUUUUUUACAAGAAAGUACAGAAGUGCGGCUGGAAAACCGAAAACCAAUACGAUUAAGGAUACAAGUUGGUUUUGAACUUUUAAUUUUCGAUUAAAACAUUUUGUCACGAAAAAUGCAAUUUGGGUGGCUAAAAAAAUGAAAUAUUUAAUUUAAAACUCAUAAAUUGCAUCAAAAAUUUUCGAAAAGUUAAACAUUAUGAAGUUUAAAAAAAGAAGUUUUGCAUUUUGAAUGACUGGUAAUUACGAGUUUCCAGCACAUCCCUGUUGGCACAAUCUACAAUGUUGUUUAGAUAUUUUAUUAAAUAUGAACAAGAAGGAACAUCAAUUUACCAAUCAUACCACACGGAUAACACAAACGAUUUGGUAAUGGAAAACUUAUAAUGGAAAUAUAAGAACGUUAUCUAAGCAAAAAUAUUGGCGUAUAUGGGAAAUAAGUUUUUCAAAUUGUCAGACGGUGACGAAUAGCUCAGGAUGUUUCCGGAUUUAUUGUUAAAAUUAAAAUUGUUAACGCAGUUAAUUUGAAAAUUGUCAAUGAACUUUAUUAAUAUAUUUUUCUAAAAAAUAUAUAUAAGAUAGAACCAUGUGGUUUGUGAAAUUUGUAAUUUUGGUGUCGGUGCUGCUGUUUUAUCUUCAGUCAAUUGAAGCUCAACUCGCCUGGUCGCCUAUACAAGUGGAUUCUGAGAGUAGCGUUGAUCUAUGGACUCGCAAAGCCAACGGUUGCCCAUGUUCUUGGAGAUCGUCAAGUUCCACAAAUGUCGACGAAGACCAAGAUUGUGCUUGUUGUGUUAAAGGAGGUUGUCAGUGUGGCGAGGAAUCACCAGCUCGAUGUGGACAGUGUGGUUUGGAACAGUUUUGUGUGAGCAUGUGCAACAUUACAUUGGACUCAAGAGCGCUACAAAAUAGUUCGGGAUUUGCAUUCGGACAAAUUAAAUCACCAGCAUUACAAGGGCCAACAGUGUGUAAAUAUAUUUUGAGACCUGCGCCCGGCCAACGUGUAGAAUUGCAGGUAUAUCGACUUGUAUCAGCCGGACGCUUUAAUGAUAAAAUUAAGAGAUGUGAAGGUGGGUCACUUCGUUUUGGAGAAACUGACGAAUAUGUUGGGGCCGAAUUAUGUGCAGCCAAUGAGCGAUUUUCACCUCCAGCAGUUUUAUUUUCAGAUGAAGGAGCUACAACACUAGUAUUUAACAUCACCGAACAAACAGUUCGUUCGCAGUUUCUGGCUUACUUCAGUUUCACGGCGCUAAGCAAUUCAUUGGUUGGAUUUCACCCGCGUGGUGGUACCAGAGUUACGUCUACAGAGUGCGACUGGUCGUAUCAUGAUUAUGCCUGUCAAACAAAGGAAUCGUGUGCUAUAGCCAGUCCCGGUUUUCCUGGAAUAUAUCCUCCCAAUGUUAUCUGCCGUUAUCUGUUGGCCACAUCAUCGAUACAUACACGAGUAAAAAUAACUUUCACGUCGCUGCUUUUACCGGAAGAGCACUGUGACUCCCACUAUAUAGCUUUGUAUGAAGGCAUAGUGCCUUAUGACAAAAAAUUGGCUACGAUAUGUGGGACUCAGAAACCCGAUCCGCUGAUUUUUAAAGGACCCAACUUGCUUCUCGAAUUUAAUGCUGGUUAUCAGGUGCCUCCGUUCGCUUACAAUGGAUUUUCCGCCAAUUUAGAAUUUAUUGAAGGUCCACCUACAACGAUCCAACCGCCAUCAACAUUACCACCACCCAUAAUUAUUGAAUCUGGACAGCCGCCGUCAGAUAUUGUGGAAUGGACACCGAAAUUUUCUCCGUGCGACAAGGUCAUAAUUGAAGCUAAUGGCCGUUCCGGUCAUUUUGAUACACGAGGAAGACCAUUUUCUACAAACUGUCGGUUGAUAUUCAAAGGCAAACCAACCGAUGUUGUACACAUUUCAUUGUUUAACUACCGACUAAAGUCUCAAGCAUGCCGUUCCGUUAUCGAAAUCGUUGAUGGAUCGUUGGAGACGCACAAAAAGUCAAUGCAUAAAAUGUGUUCGCCCACGAUUCGGCAUGCAAGGGAUGCUGAUGGGAAUUUUUUGCCACCACAAACGUUUAUAUCGUCUGGGUCGCAAAUUAUGGUCGCACUGCGUAGACCGAAUUCGGGUGCUAACGAGCCCAACAAUAAUGAUGAGUUCAUCGAUGGUGCAUACAUGUUCCAUGAUGAACAACAGAGCGGCACUCUACAGCCCACUUCACUUUGCAACACGGAUCACUAUGGAUUAAGUAGUCCAAUAAUCGGAAAUGUUCUUGGACCUGGAACUGAACACUUGUAUUGGAAUAUUGAGGGAUCGCUGUCCUGCGCUCAUCAUUUUAUUCCUGCUGCCAAUCAAAGUGUCAUUGUAACUAUUGACUCAUUGGAUCGCUUGGGUAAUGAGCCACAUUGUGAGACGGUUUGCGGUGAUGCUGGAUGUCAAUGCCUUACAAAUACACUUCCUAUUGAAGAAAUCGAUCACUUAGCAAUGUACUCCGAAAAUGGACGCAUGGUUAAUUGUUUAUGCGGAUCAUUUCGAUCAGAAUGGCUUCCAGUGUCUUUGCGAAGUUGGAGUCCAGUAAAAUUAAUAUAUUCGGUGGCGCACUAUUCGUGGAGCUCGAAAGGAUUCACAUUCAGGUCUUCUUAUAGCUUUAAUACCGACGCGAUUUGCGGUCGUAAAACAUUUACAACACAUUCAGGUGAACUGACAUCCAACAACUUUCCCACAGCUUUUUCAUUGAAUUCCUUCUACCAUCAACAAUGUACAUGGAUCCUGGAUUCGAAAGUAGAACGUCAAUUAUUUGUUGAGAUAUCGACAGAGCAGAGUCGCUCUUGCAGUGCAUGGAACAUUUCACUGCAUGAAUAUUCACCAUCCGAAGAUGAUCCCUUACAUGCAGGUGUUUUGUUACAUUUGUUUUGUCCCAGAGAUCGUAAAAAGCAAUACAACAUGCCGUGGAAGCUUAGCACCGUUGUAAUUAGAGCUCAAGCAAUGACACGAACAGCACCAGUUUAUACGAUCAAAUGGACGUCGCAGGUAGUUCGGUCCAACAAUCGUUUGGGUCCACCAACUCCAGCUCCGAAUGCUGUGUCAAGUGCUCAAAUGUCUAUUAAAAGUAGUAGUUGUUUCUACCUUACUUUUUGUGUAAGAAUCAUAGUUUUAGUGUUAUUCGUCACAAAUCGAAAUUCAUAAUUUUAUUUUGUUGAAGUUAAUCAGGAAUUUAUCUUGAACGAAUGGUGGCUGAGAUGUGAUAGAAAGUAUGAGUUUUGUGGAAUAUAAGGCGUAAAUUUUUAAUAUAUUGAAAUAGUUUUGUAAUCUAGCUAAAAUUUGGUGUAUAUGCGGACGCUGUGAGUGAUUGGGACUGAAUAAAUGUAGAAAAUAUUGUUCCUUGUUUAUAAAUAUUUAAAACGAUUAUAUUUAUUGAAAUGGACUACAUAGCUACUAGAUACCAAUUCAAAUAAUAAUUUUUCUGCGAAUAUUGGAAGAAAAUAGGAAGCAGAGCUUCCGUACAACUCAUUGACAUAAGUGAAAUGAUUGAUAUUAACAUUUUACACAGAACGAUUCCACUGGGAAUGUUGUUCUAUUAAUUUAUAUGCACAUUUUGCACAGAAAAGCGCAAGAUUUAAAGUGAAUGUAUUUUAACUUGAGUGUGGUAGGCAUACCAGUCCUCGGACACUCGACAUUCCCCAAAGCUGGGACACUUUGACAUAACGUAAAUUAAUUACAUUAAUAGCACGAAAGUAUUAUAGUUGAUAAUUUACAGUUUUCGUCAUCGAUUGCCUCACCAACGAGACAUAACCGCAUCAACAUUUAUAUGGAAACCGAUCUCUAUAAGAAAAAAGUUAUCGUCCGAGGACUAGUGCGCCUACCCUAUAAUUCUAUUUUGCCGCAUUUUAGAGAAAGAAGCAUCAUAAUAAUCCCGGUCAAUAAAUUUAAUCACGAAUAACAUUGAUCACAAUCGACUGUGGACUGCAACAAUGAAGAGUACAUGUCGCUUCAUUCGAUCUUAGGGUGUGUGGUUUCGCAGAUUUGUUUUUCCUUCUUUGUUUACAUUGUUUACUGUGACAUUACAUAACAAUGUGAUGGACAUCUAGUGUGUAAUAAAAUUUAGGUGAUAUUUCGAAACACGUACAUUAAUCACACAGUUUGAUAGCAAUAUGCAAAUUUGACAGAUGUACAAUGACAAAGCUAUCUAAAUCAGCAGUCAAUCAUAACAUAAUUAUCCGGAACGCUAUAGAACAUUACCACAUCAGUUGCAAAGCAGCCUCAUUAUGUCAUAUUAUGUUAUACAUGUACGAGUGGAAUACAAACAAUAGUUCAUUGCCUACUUGCUUCCAAAUUUUUAUUUUGGCUAACGGGAAGUGUACAGUCCAAUUUAUAUAAAAAUUUGGAAGCAGAUAGGUAAUAUAUA